AUGUCAGGAAAUAAAGUAAUCUUGUCGGAUGUGGAGACCGCUUCUUCAAACAAGUCUUCCCAAAACCUUUCUGUUGCUCCACCUAGACCUCCACGAUCGCUGCGGGAAAAAGUACUUACAAAAUCCAGUUUAACAAAAGCAACACCUAGCGAGAAGUUGUCGCAGCCAUCAUCUCAUCCUGCAACAGGAAAACGUCCAGCGGACUCUGCUCCGACGGACGCAUCUAUAACAAGCAAAAAUGCCUCUUCGCACACCCCCACUCUGCGAACUAAAAUGUCGCUAACUUCAGUUAAAAGCGACAGCUCGAUCCGAUCCUCCGUCUGUGACCCGGUAGAUGCGGCUAUCGACAAAGUAGCAAACUGGAAGCAGGAAGAAAUUCCUCCACUUCCAGUUUUAUCCGACGAAGAACUUUCGAUCAUAUCUGCGCCGGAAUCACCACUAUCGGAGGCACCGGAAAAAGGAAGACCCAGCCUGCUUUUUAACUCCAACAGGCGACUGGGGGUGGAAAUGGAUAUGGCAACAAAAGAAGCGAACGAAAUGCUUCUGAGAGGGAAGGAAGCGCUAGAAAUGGCAGGGAAUAUGAAGAAGGAGUGUAAGUUAACAGCUUUAGAGAGUCUGCAGUCCCUCUACGAGAUGGUCCUGGCGCUGUCAGAUUCCAGAUCUAGACAUAAGCAUAACCUAGAAAGGGAACGGUCACGCAACGCUCAAGAACUAAUGCGAGUGGAGCGCUCCCAUAACAAGAUCAUCACCCAGCUUAUGAAGGAAAUGGCUUCCGAGCUAGGCCAUGCCAGGACAGAUAUAAAAAAUACUCUCCAGGAAUCCAAGGCGAUACGGGGCUGGUUGAACUUUGAAACCCAAGAGCCCUUCCGCCGAGCGACCUACUCAAAGCUGUGA